CUAGGAACUCCAUGUCCUUUCGAAGGCGCAAUGUAGGCCUCACAGGCUCUACGCGACCGGAUGGAUCCUCUACCGCGCAAGUGCAAGCAAAAGAGAACAUUGUCCUGCCUGGAGUACGUCCAUCUCCCACCGAUGGACGCUUGACAACUUCCACAGGCACGUCAAGUCUUGACGGUCUCCUUGCGGGACACUCCGGUCUCGUCUUAGGAUCUUCCCUGUUGGUUGAGGAAAGCGGAACCACCGACUACGCAGGCGCGCUCCUCCGAUUCUACGCUGCAGAAGGUCUCGUUCAAGGCCACCACGUUCACGUCAUAGGCCUCCCAGAACAUUGGGGUCGAGAACUACCUGGUGUGGUUGGCGAUUUGGAGAAGAAAGACCAGCCCGCCAGUCGUGGUGAAAAGAUGAAGAUUGCUUGGAGAUACGAGAGUCUGGGCCAGUUCGGCGCCGGUCCAAGUGCAAGAGAACGCUCUAAACCAUCCUCGCCACAGGAGGGCGACGCAAAUGCGGCCUCUCAGUCCAUCCCCAUCUCAUUCUGUCACACAUUCGACUUGACCAAAAGACUGGUGCAUCCAUCAUCGGCCAAGAUCGAGUUCCUCCCGUUGGGAAUCAACCCAUCCCAGUCGCCAUUUAGUGCCAUCUUAGAAAGGCUCAAAGGUAGUCUUGCCAACUCCUCGCCUGACUCGGUACAUCGAAUUGUUGUACCGUCACUCUUGUCUCCAGCUAUCUAUCCAUCCCACGCCAGCCAACCUCAGAAUAUUCUCGAAUUUCUCCACAGCCUUCGUGCGCUGUACGCUACAUAUACCAACCGGGUGACAGCAGUAUUCUCCCUCCCAGUCUCGCUGUACCCGCGGUCCUCUGGGCUUGUCAGGUGGAUUGAGUUGCUGAACGACGGUGUCCUCGAGCUCUCACCCUUCCCGCAUUCAGCUGAAGGCGACCGAGCGACUCGUGGCCCUGACGGUGCAACCGAAGAUCCUCCGCAAGGUCUUUUACAGAUUCACAGAUUACCGGUGCUGCACGAGCGUGGCAGUGGCGCCCGCACCUCUGAGACCGAUUGGACGUUCACACUGAGCCGGAGGAAGUUUGUUAUCAAACCGUUCAAUUUACCACCAGUGGAGGGAGACACAGAUGCUCAACAAGCAGAAGGCCCAAGUUCCAAGAACAGCAAGGCUGAUCUAGAAUUUUGAGGGCUAGUAAGGGAAGGGAGGGAUAUGAAGGGAGAAGUGAUCCAGACCAUCCGACUGAGUCAUCCAUUUCUAUGACUGUAAUAAGACCCACACGGCCUGAGACAGGUCUUAAUGCUAUGAUUAUGAGCACA